GUUUUAUUAUGGCUUUUCUCCUCAACAAACCUUUCUCGUGAUGGGAAUUUACAUAUGCGUUUGUAGGCUUUGGCUCUUUGCUUCGCAUCAAGCCCUUUUCACCAACGCCUCAGAAGAACCACGAAUCAGGGCAUGCAUGUGUGUUUGAUCCUUAGAUCUAGACAUCUUCCAGAAUACGGCGCUUUGGUUUUCAGCUGCACGCCGUCCGUUUUCUCCCUGCUUCCACCACGG